AUGAACUACCUAUCGUUGCUUUUUGUCUGCUGGGCCAGUGUGGUUAAUGCAGCACCGGCUGCAGAUACCAACGCAGCGGAUGGCCAAGGCACAGGUGAAAGCCAGACGACAGGUUUAAGCUUCACAGUCACACACAUCAUCACCGCGGCCGCAGUGUUCACAAUCAACGGUGUCAACUUCCUGACCGACCCUUUCUUUUCGCCCGCAAACACUACAUUUGAUCCAAUCGGCCCUAGUAUUAUCACUGUGCUUGAUGAUCCAGCUUUGCAACCGGAACAGAUUCCUCCUAUCGACGCAGUUCUUCUCAGUCACGAAGAUCACCCGGACAACCUCGACCCUAUCGGACGCACUAGAUUUCUUGACGGCCGUAAAGUUUUGACCACACCUGAUGGGAUGAAGAAUCUCCAGCCACGACCGGGUGUGCGGGCGAUGGAAAAUUGGAAGACACUUGCUGUUGAUCUCAACGGCCAAACCUGGAAUAUCACUGGAACCCCAUGCCAACAUCUUCCAGGCGGACAAGUAACAGGAUUUGUACUUGUUGGCCCAGGAUUUGGCACCACAAACGGUCUCCCUAAUGCCAUUUGGUAUUCUGGCGAUACAAUCUACCUCCCCGAGCUUGCACGGCUGAAAGAGAUGUUUUAUAUUAAAGCUGCCGUGAUGAAUAUGGGCGCUGCGUUCGCGUUCAUCGACAAUACCACCCCUGAUCAGAUUACCAUGACUGGAUCUGAUGUUGCUCAGCUCUUCAAGGACAUUGGUGCUGAAGUACUGGUACCUAUGCACUUUGGACCGUGGACUCAUUUCCCUGAGAGCGUGGAAAAUGUCCACCGUGAUUUUGAACAGGCGGGCAUCAAAGAUAAAGUUCGCUGGCUUACCCCCGGUGAGCCUACCAAGGUCCUAUAG